CGCCAUCCAUCCCCUCUCCUCCUCCUGUACCAUAACAGAUGGUGGGAACAACAUUUCAUGCACCGGGCACCUCAACAAUAGACCGCAGCAUCCUUUCCACUCCGCUCCGGCGUUGAAGCAUCAUGCUCCCAGUUUAGGACUGCAGAAAGCUCUGAGUGCCGUCGUGAAUUGUUUCACGCCGGUACCAGCAAACCCACCACCACCACGGCCACGGAGGAACCUUCUUGCCACUGUUUGGGCUCUCCACCAAGCAAAGGAAGAUGGCCGCUAUGAAAAUAUUAACCAGCGCAGGGCUUUUCUUGGCUUUCUGCGCGCUGGGUCUCCUCGCCAUGGCAAUCUGCACCGACUAUUGGUACGAGACCGACGCCAGGAGACACCGAGAGAGGUGCAAAAACUAUGCCAACAAGAGGAACGACCCGGGUUACAUUUACAUUUCCAACCACAACCUCCCCCUCCAGAUGCCUCCUAAGAGCGGGCCAGAUGCUGCCCCUCUGCUAAGAGGGAAGCGGCACUUUCUGCCCGCGGCGUCUGCCAUGGAGUCUCACUGCAGCCGGCAGUUCAACUCUACCGUCUCCGGGCUUUGGAGGAAGUGUCACCGGGAAGGAUUCGACCUGGAGACUGAGGACCUUAUUUACAAAGGAAUAAUUCAUAGAUGCACCCCAGUCAAGUAUCACUAUUCAUCGUCGAUUCUUCCACGGAAUUUACCUAUCAACAUCACAAAGACCAUACGUCAGGAUGAGUGGCAUGCUCUCCAUUUAAGAAGAAUGACGGCUGGCUUUGUGGGCAUGGCUGUGUCCAUCAUUCUUUUUGGCUGGGUCAUUGGAGUGCUGGGCUGCUGCCAGCAGCAUGACCUCAUGCAAUAUGUAGCUGGCCUACUCUUUCUCAUGGGAGGAACGUGUUGCAUCAUUUCCUUGUGUACAUGUGUGGCAGGAAUUAACUUUGAGUUGUCCCGCUACCCACGCUACAUGUACGGCCUCCCUGAAGACAUUAGCCAUGGCUACGGUUGGUCCAUGUUUUGUGCUUGGGGGGGCCUCGGCCUCACAUUGCUGGCUGGCUUCCUCUGCACCCUGGCCCCCUCCCUUAGCACGCCGGCUCGCACAACAACCCACAAACCAAGGCAGGAGAACGGAACCGUGUGACAGGAGGCGUUAUAAACAGACUGAUCCACCUAACGCACAAAGCACACCUUUCCAUGUUUAACUCUGAAACAGUAUUAGUGUAAUCACCAUAUCACGACUCCCCUCAACGUGGCCAUAUCCUUUCAGUGUACAGUGUGCCUAAUCUGUGGUGAAAAGCAGCAAAAUAGAGACAAAUUUUCACGCAUCAAAUCUCUUAAUGGACCUUCAGGAACAUGAAGAAUAAUGUGUACAGUAGCUCAUAAGUAGGAAAUGGCUUCAAAGGCCUUUUUAUGUUGUUGUUGUCUGUUUUGAUUUCUGUGAUACUGAUUUUCUGACGCUUUAAAGGGAACAUAUAUCUCUGGAUAGAAUACUUCUUAAAAUGGUGCUCUGAAAUAAAAAAAGCCACUCCUACAGAGGGAACACAUAAGCAAACACAUAUCAUCUCAGUUCCUCAGAGAUCUUAGGAGAAAUCUUUACACAAGAUA